CUGCCGCCACACUGGCAGGCCAAAUGCCUCGUCAGUUGCACACGAGCCAAGAUGAGGACGGCACGCGUCUGCGUUGCCUUCCGCACCGAAAGUACGUGCGCGAUGUAAACACACUGAGUGAAGUGAAAACAAAUCAUUGAUUAUAUCUCUGUACAAAACAUUAAUUUGAAUGAUAGUGAAUUAGUGACUGAAUGUUUUUAAUUACCGCUUCGCUUAGAUCGGUAUAGACAAAUGUGUGUAGAAAAUGUUUCAAUUGCUGACUCUUUUGUUAGUGACUUUAGGUGUUAAUGCCGCAUAUGCGCCGCGGGGCGUGGAUAACUGCAGCCGAUUAUCAGACAGUGUCGAGGGUAGCACCUUAUGUCGGGUGCGGACCCUUGAAACCGAUGGUUCCAGUUUUGUAUCUGUACCUCCUGAGAUUACGAAGCGACUCACGGUCGAGUGCAACCAACUACUGCUCUUCGAAAGUUUCCUUGAGGCAAACUAUUUUCAACGAUUUUCAACACUCACCGAACUAACACUUCACAAUUGCAAACUUCUCAGGAUACCAGGCAACGCUUUUGAAGGAUUACGUGAACUGAAAAAGUUGUUUAUCCGAUCGAAAAACUACGUUUGGAGUCCGAAUAAAAACUUGGAGCUUUCUCUUGGAACUUUUAACGGACUGCGAGAGCUGCAAAUAUUAGAUUUGGGUGAAAAUAGUUUGAAAGUUAUACCUUCAGAAGUAUUCUGUCCACUGGAUAAUUUGCAAGUUUUAAAUAUAACUCAUAAUAGAAUUAAGAGUGUUGACCGUCUCGGUUUUGGAAGAAAUUGUGGUACUGGCCUUCGAAGUUUGGAUCUUAGUAAUAAUGAAAUUAAGUCGUUGACGGAUGAAUCGGAAAUUACUGGACUGAGAAGACUUCAGGAACUAAGACUUCAAUAUAAUAACAUAACUGAUAUUUCCGGAGAAACUUUUAAUGGACUAAUUUCGCUAAGGAUUUUAAAUAUUUCUUAUAACAACCUUCAGUCUAUUCCAGAGGGCACUUUCGCGAACUUGAAAGAGUUGCGUGAGAUAUAUUUGAAUAAUAACCUGCUAUAUGAGUUAGCUAGAGGCGUAUUUCACCGAUUAGAACAGUUACUCGUAUUAGAUCUAUCGAAUAAUCAGCUCUCGAGCGCUCACAUUGACGGCGGCACAUUUAUUGGCCUUAUACGUUUAGUCAUUCUGAAUUUAUCCAAUAACGCGUUGACAAGGAUAGAUGGUAAGACGUUUAAAGAUUUAUUCUUCCUGCAGAUAUUAGAUUUAAGAAAUAACUCCAUUGGGUACAUUGAAGAAAAUACAUUCCUUCCGCUUUAUAAUUUGCAUACCUUAAAUUUAGCUGAAAAUAGAUUGCACACGAUUGAUGAAUUUCUUUUCAAUGGGUUGUUUGUAUUAAGUAAAUUGAAUUUAAAUAAUAAUCUUUUAAUAAAUAUUGAUUCUGAAGCUUUCAAAAAUUGUUCCGAUUUAAAAGAACUAGAUUUAAGUUCAAAUCAGCUGACAGACGUUCCAAAAGCAAUUUGGGAGUUAUCUUUAUUAAAGACCUUAGAUCUCGGUGAGAACCAAAUAACCGAUAUAAAAAAUGGAUCAUUUAAGAAUUUGGAUCAACUAACUGGAUUGAGAUUAAUUGACAACCAAAUUGGAAAUUUGUCGAUUGGUAUGUUUUGGGAUUUGCCGAGUUUACAAGUAUUGAAUUUAGCAAGGAAUAAAGUACAAGCCGUGGAAAGGGGAAGUUUUCAAAGAAAUAAACAAUUGGAAGCCAUCAGACUUGACAGUAAUUUUAUAUCUGAUAUUAAUGGGGUGUUUGCAACUUUAGUUAGCUUAUUGUGGCUUAAUUUGUCUGAUAAUCAUUUAGUUUGGUUUGAUUAUGCUUUCAUACCGACUAAUUUAAAGUGGUUGGAUGUUCACGGAAAUUUCAUUGAACACUUGGGCAAUUACUAUAAGUUACAAGAUGAAAUUCACAUCAAAACUUUAGACGUCAGCCAUAAUCGUAUUGUUGAAAUCUCUCCAUUAGCAAUUCCGAACAGCGUGGAACUUUUGUUCAUAAAUAAUAACCACAUAAACAAUAUUCAAGUAAAUUCGAGUCAAGUGGAAAUCAUACAAAACAAAACCUUCGCUGGGCUGUCCUCGCUCAUUAAAUUGAAUCUCGCGAAUAAUAAGUUGAAAUAUUUAUACGGUUACGAGUUCGAACAUCUCACACAGCUGAAUGAGCUAUAUCUACAAAAUAACUUUAUCACUCAUAUAGGUAAUACCACGUUUUCAACUUUGCGUUUAUUAAAAAAAUUGAGAAUGGAUGGGAACAGAUUAAUAGAUUUUUCAAUUUGGAGCUUAACAUAUAACAGAAAUUUGAACGCAAUUGCAUUAGGUAACAACAUGUGGUCUUGUAAGUGUAGAUAUCUACAAAGAUUUACUGCUUUCAUAUCUGACAAUGUUCCCAAAAUUAUUGACUUAGCAGACGUUUGGUGUUGGAAUAGCGCUCAGACUCCACAAAAGAAAGAGCUCAAUUUUAACGGUACAAUAUGCAGCGACUAUUACGCUGGAGAUUCUGUUAUAGAUAAUAUGUUGGUCUCAAAUUACAUGCCCAUGAUGGUAACCACGCUCACGGGAUUCAUGCUAAUCAUGCUAGUCAUCCUCGUUAUUUUCUUGUUUAGAGACACAAUUCGCAUAUGGCUGUACACUAGAUGUGGAAUAAGAUUGUUUCCAUUCACUGGAGCGUACGACGACACUGAUAAAUUAUACGAUGCUUAUGUCUGCUACAGCCCAAAGGAUGAUGACUUUGUUAUUCAAACGUUAGCCGCUGAGUUGGAAAAUGGAAACCCUUCGUAUCACCUAUGUUUACACUACAGAGACAUACCACAACAUAACAUAGCCUAUAUGCAAUGCACAUUACCGCUUCCCGAAGCCGCGGAAGCUUCGAAACGUAUUAUUCUUAUACUAACCAGGAAUUUUAUUGAAACUGAAUGGUCACGUUUUGAAUUUCGGCAAGCAUUGCAUGAAAUUCUGAAAACUCGAAUUUAUACUUUAGUCAUAAUAGAAGAGAGCUCAGUAUUGUCUGAAGCCGAAUGUGAUCCAGAUCUUAGACCAUAUUUGAAAACAAGUUUAAGAAUAAGAUGGGGCCAAAAUAAAUUUUGGGAGAAAUUGCGUUACGCGUUGCCGGAUAGGAAGUGCAGAAACAAAACAUCUAGUUACAGAAACAAUAUAAAUUCUUAUACUAUGAGAAGUGGUAUGCAGAAUGGUACAUUGAGGUCCUUUUCUUUUACUGAGAAAAUGCGAGGGCCGGCCGAUGGAGUGAAUACAGCUCCGCAAUUUGUUGAGGAGCGUCCGCAGCAAUUACAAUCUGCGUACGGGCCGGACGGUCGACCUCCGUCAGAUCAUAUAUACUCGUCAAUCGAUUCAGAUUACUCGUCAUUAGAACUAGGGGGUAGCAAUCCUAAUAGAAGGCGGGAAUUUAGGCACUGGCCACCGCCGCCGCCGUUAAUUGACACUCAGCCUUCAGGUCAAGCCUAUCUUGUCUAGUCCACGCUUCUCAUAACUCAACGUAAAAUAUUUUAGUCAAAAGCUUCUUGUGAAUAUUGUAUAAUCGCAACGCGCGCUUUACCAAAUAGGUAAUAAUUAAGAUUUUAACCUAUAUUUUUGUAAUUUCUCGCCUUUUCAAAGGGCGUUCAUUUCGUAAAUGUUGGUUGAUGUAAAUACAUUUCUAUAAGACUGCUGUAGAUUAUUAUGUGAAUUUUGUAUAUAAUUUGUAAAUAGAUGUCCAUAUAAGUCACAAGUAUACUAUUUAUAUACUUUAAUAAAG